CGCGCGGCCCCGCUCCCCGAAACCUGCCCAGCUGGUCUGCAGCCUCUGCGCACGCGCGGGGCUACGUCACGUGCGCUCCUGGGGCUCCGCGGAGCUUGCAGGAGGGGCCCUGGCAGCUUCCGCUGCCGCGUAGCUUCGGGGCUUGGACGGCGAAUUUGCGUUGUCUGGGUCGCCGCAGGGCACGAGGCCAAAGGGGAUCGCCUGGCGGCUGACCAUGGGACUGUGCGAGGGCCGGUGACAGCAAGGAGGCGAGCGGCCUGGGCCCUGAUCGCGUCUCCCCGGGGGGCCUCGCCCUCCUGCUCGUGGGGCCGGGGCUCCUGCUGCCGUUGCUGGCGCUGCUGCUGGCGGCGGCGGCCAGGAUCAUGUCGGGCCGCCGCUGCGCUGGCGGAGGCGCGGCCUGCGCGGGCGCUGCCGUCGAUGCUGUGGAGCCGGCCGCCCGCGAGCUGUUCGAAGCAUGCCGCAACGGAGACGUGGAACGAGUCAAGAGGCUAGUGACACCCGAAAAGGUGAACAGUCGCGACACGGCGGGGAGGAAGUCUACCCCGCUCCACUUCGCCGCAGGUUUUGGGCGGAAAGAUGUAGUUGAAUAUUUGCUUCAGAAUGGUGCGAAUGUCCAGGCACGUGAUGAUGGAGGACUUAUUCCUCUUCAUAACGCAUGCUCUUUUGGUCAUGCUGAAGUUGUCAAUCUCCUUUUGCGACAUGGUGCAGACCCAAAUGCUCGCGAUAAUUGGAAUUACACUCCUCUCCAUGAAGCUGCAAUUAAAGGAAAGAUUGAUGUUUGCAUUGUCCUCUUACAGCAUGGAGCGGAGCCGACCAUCCGAAAUACAGAUGGAAGGACAGCAUUGGAUUUAGCAGACCCAUCAGCCAAAGCAGUGCUGACAGGUGAAUAUAAAAAGGAUGAACUCUUGGAAAGUGCCAGGAGUGGCAACGAGGAAAAAAUGAUGGCUUUACUUACACCGUUAAAUGUCAACUGCCAUGCAAGUGAUGGCAGAAAGUCAACUCCAUUGCACUUGGCAGCAGGAUACAACAGAGUAAAGAUUGUACAGCUGUUACUGCAGCAUGGAGCUGAUGUUCAUGCUAAAGAUAAAGGUGAUCUGGUGCCAUUACACAAUGCCUGUUCUUAUGGUCAUUAUGAAGUAACUGAACUUCUGGUCAAGCAUGGUGCCUGUGUAAAUGCAAUGGACUUGUGGCAAUUCACUCCUCUUCAUGAGGCAGCUUCUAAGAACAGGGUUGAAGUAUGUUCUCUUCUCUUAAGUUAUGGUGCAGAUCCAACACUGCUGAAUUGUCACAAUAAAAGUGCUAUAGAUUUGGCUCCUACACCACAGUUAAAAGAAAGAUUAGCAUAUGAAUUUAAAGGCCACUCCUUGCUUCAGGCUGCACGGGAAGCUGAUGUUACACGAAUUAAAAAACAUCUCUCUCUCGAAAUGGUGAAUUUCAAGCAUCCUCAAACUCAUGAAACAGCACUGCAUUGCGCUGCUGCAUCUCCGUAUCCCAAAAGAAAGCAAAUAUGUGAAUUGUUGCUGAGAAAAGGAGCAAACAUCAAUGAAAAGACUAAAGAAUUCUUGACUCCUCUACAUGUGGCAUCUGAGAAAGCUCAUAAUGACAUUGUUGAAGUAGUGGUGAAACAUGAAGCAAAGGUUAAUGCUCUGGAUAAUCUUGGUCAGACUUCUCUGCACAGAGCUGCACAUUGUGGUCAUCUACAGACCUGCCGCCUGCUUCUGAGCUACGGGUGUGACCCUAACAUUAUAUCCCUUCAGGGCUUUACUGCCUUACAGAUGGGAAAUGAAAAUGUGCAGCAACUUCUUCAAGAGGGUAUACCAUUAGGUAAUUCAGAGGCAGACAGACAAUUGCUAGAAGCUGCAAAGGCUGGAGAUGUAGAAACUGUAAAAAAAUUAUGUACUGUUCAGAGUGUCAACUGCAGAGAUAUUGAAGGGCGUCAGUCUACACCACUUCAUUUUGCAGCUGGGUAUAACAGGGUAUCUGUGGUCGAAUUUCUCUUGCAACAUGGAGCUGAUGUGCAUGCUAAAGAUAAAGGGGGCCUUGUACCUUUGCACAAUGCUUGUUCUUACGGACAUUAUGAAGUUGCAGAGCUUCUUGUUAAGCAUGGAGCAGUAGUUAAUGUAGCUGAUUUAUGGAAAUUUACACCUUUACAUGAAGCUGCAGCAAAAGGAAAAUAUGAAAUUUGCAAACUUCUGCUUCAGCAUGGCGCAGACCCUACAAAGAAAAACAGAGACGGAAACACUCCUUUAGAUAUUGUUAAAGAUGGAGAUACAGAUAUCCAGGAUCUACUUCGGGGAGAUGCAGCUUUACUAGAUGCUGCCAAGAAGGGUUGUCUAGCCAGAGUAAAGAAGUUGUCUUCACCUGAUAACGUAAAUUGCCGUGAUACCCAAGGCCGACAUUCAACACCAUUACAUUUAGCAGCUGGUUACAACAAUUUAGAAGUUGCAGAGUAUUUGUUACAACAUGGAGCUGAUGUGAAUGCCCAAGACAAAGGAGGGCUAAUUCCUUUACAUAAUGCAGCAUCUUAUGGGCAUGUAGAUGUAGCAGCUUUACUAAUAAAGUAUAAUGCAUGUGUCAAUGCCACGGACAAAUGGGCUUUCACACCUUUGCACGAAGCAGCCCAAAAGGGACGAACACAGCUUUGUGCUUUAUUGUUGGCCCACGGAGCUGAUCCUACUCUUAAAAAUCAGGAAGGACAAACACCUUUAGAUUUAGUUUCAGCAGAUGAUGUCAGUGCUCUCCUGACAGCAGCCAUGCCCCCUUCCGCUCUGCCUUCAUGUUAUAAACCACAAGUGCUCAAUGGUGUCAGAAGCCCAGGAGCCACUGCAGAUUCUCUGUCUUCAGGCCCAUCCAGUCCGUCAAGCCUUUCUGCAGCCAGUAGUCUUGACAACUUAUCUGGAAGUUUUUCUGAACUCUCUUCAGUAGUUGCUUCAAGUGGAACAGAGAGUACUUCCAGUUUGGACAAAAAGGAGGUUCCAGGUGUAGAUUUUAGCAUAACUCAAUUUGUAAGGAAUCUUGGACUUGAGCAUCUGAUGGAUAUAUUUGAGAGAGAACAGAUCACCUUGGAUGUAUUAGUUGAGAUGGGACACAAGGAGCUGAAAGAGAUUGGAAUUAAUGCCUAUGGACAUAGACACAAACUAAUUAAAGGAGUUGAGAGACUUAUUUCUGGACAACAAGGUCUUAACCCAUAUUUAACUCUGAACACCUCUGGUAGUGGAACAAUUCUCAUAGAUCUAUCUCCUGAUGAUAAAGAGUUUCAGUCUGUAGAGGAAGAGAUGCAAAGUACAGUCCGAGAGCACCGCGAUGGAGGCCAUGCAGGUGGAAUCUUCAACAGAUACAAUCUUCUCAAGAUUCAAAAGGUUUGCAACAAGAAACUGUGGGAAAGAUACACUCACAGAAGAAAAGAGGUUUCUGAAGAAAACCAUAACCAUGCAAAUGAAAGAAUGCUAUUUCAUGGAUCUCCCUUUGUGAAUGCAAUCAUUCAUAAAGGCUUCGAUGAAAGACAUGCCUACAUAGGUGGAAUGUUUGGAGCUGGGAUUUAUUUUGCUGAAAACUCUUCCAAAAGCAAUCAGUAUGUGUAUGGGAUUGGAGGAGGUACUGGCUGUCCAGUUCACAAAGACAGAUCUUGUUACGUUUGCCACAGACAGCUGCUGUUCUGCCGAGUAACCUUGGGAAAAUCUUUCCUGCAGUUCAGCGCAAUGAAAAUGGCACAUUCUCCUCCAGGUCAUCACUCAGUCACUGGUCGGCCCAGUGUAAAUGGCCUAGCAUUAGCUGAAUAUGUUAUUUACAGAGGAGAACAGGCUUAUCCUGAAUAUUUAAUUACGUACCAGAUUAUGAGGCCUGAAGGUAUGGUUGAUGGAUAAAUACUUGUUUUAGGAAACUAACUCCACUGAACCUAAAAUCAUCUAAGUAGCUGGUGGUUUUCUACUGGUUUUACUCCUUUGCUGAAAAAAAAAUCAUCUUGUCCACAGACCUGCAGCAGAAGGAUUAAAAAAUGUGAAAGAAGUUUAACAUUCUGACUUGAUAAAGCUUUAAUAAUGUACAGUGUUUUCUAAAUAGUUCCUGAUUUUCAGCACUUUAACAGAUGCCAUUCCAGGUUAAACUGGGUUUGUCUGUCCUGAAUGAUAACGUUAACUUGAACCUUUUAUACGUUAUGCAUUGAUUUAACAGAAACUGUAAUGCUCUCAACAGAACUCAUUUUACUAAUACAGUACUGUGUUCUUUAAAACACAGCAUUUACACUGAAUACAAUUUCAUUUGUAAAACUGUAAAUAAGAGCUUUUGUACUAGCCCAAUAUUUAUUUACAUUGCUUUGUAAUAUACAUGUACUGUUUUAGAGCUGCAGCUAUUUACAAAACUUUUUCAUAUGUAUUGCUCAUCUGUACUUUAUCUUGCACCAUCAUGAUUGAGUGAUCAUUACAUUUGAUUCCAGAGGCUGUGUUGAGUUGUUAGCAGAAACUUAGUUGGGAAAGAUUGACUAAUCAGAUACAAUUUACUGAUGGAAGCAUUUGUGUCUUAUUAGAAAUCUCUCCCACUUAAACACUUGUUUCAUGAAUGUGCUGGGGAUUUAAUUUGUGGUAUCUUUUUAUAUGUAAGACACACAUUCCAAAGAACUCUGAUAGAUCUUGAUUGCCAAGAAGCCACUUAACUGACCUCAAACUCUGGGCUUAAUUUAAUGUUGGAAAUUUUUCUACUGUCAUUGUGUUCCUAUAUUUUAGAGAGGCUAAAUCCUGCCAUUGUACAAUUAUAGUAUUCUUUUCAUGGAAUGUAAAUAGGAAGUUAAGUUUCAGAGGCUGGAAGGGUAUUCCUGGUAAUUUCCCAAUCUGUUCUGUUUACGUUAAGUCUAAAGGAAAGAGAAGGAAGGAGAAAACAACCCAAAGCGAGUGGGAGUGGGUAGUGUUCUGUCCUAGAAUGUUUCCUGUUCCUUUUUCUUGGCCUUACUGUAUUUAUAGCCGGUCCCUACACCAUGGCUAAACUCGGUCCACAACCAUAAGACAUAGGCGUUCUAGUUCUCUGCUGGCCUCCUGGACGGGCCAGUGCAGUGAGACUGCUCUUCCUGCCCCUGGGUGCCCGCCAGCACACUGUGCCCUGUUGGUGCCCCACUCUCAGUUGUGCACCUCAUGGUGACCAACCUUGUGUUCAGUGUGGCAGCUGUGGAAGGGAGUGCUGUCCCAUAAAAUGCCAUUCCUGACUGUUUCCCAAAGUAAAACUCCUUUUUGACUCUCCCCGCCUCCCCAGGAAGUAUACAAAAGUAUUUUGGUAUCAAGCUAUGCAUUACACCUUAGCAGUCUGUUUUAUUUGUUGACUCUAGCUCCCUCAGAAGUCAAGGAAGGAUCUUUACCUAUGAAAGUCUUUGUAAAUGAAGACAUCCCCCUUCAUUCCCUGUACUGAUUCACCUGUGUUUGACAUUUUAUUCCAUCUCUAAAUUAACUUGCCCUUUGAGGUAACUUGUACAUAGAGUGCUGGAAAAUCAUGUUUCUUGUCCUGAGUAAGAAUUAAUCAAGUAAAUGUGUAUCUGGAGUUGUUUUUAUGAUACAGAUUGUGAUCAUUAUUUAAGAGGUCAAAUCCUGACCUUGAGUUGCUUUUAUACAGUUACCUAGUAAUUGCAGAUACAAUUCUAAAGUCAUUUCUUGGAACACAAAUGGAGUAUGCCAAAUUUUAUAUAAUUUUUCACAUUCUGUAGGCUUCCAGAUUUUAUAAUUAAUAGACAAUGAGAUGAGUUAUUGGGGUUUAUAUUUACAUACCUUAUCUCAACAUUUAGCCCAUAGUACUCACCCUUUGAGUGAUUCUGGAAUUGCUUGUCAUACAAAAUCAUUAUGAUAUGUGUCUAUGAUAUUGCUGUUUGUGUUGUUUCAUCUAAUCUACUGCUUAAUUAGUGUGUUCUUUUUCUAUGAAUGAUUAUAUUGUGGUUAAUAUGUUAGCAUGGAAAUAUUUUCAGAUAGCUUUUUGUUUGUUGGGAAUUUGGGGUUUUGGGGGGCUUUUUUAGUACUUUGCAUGAAAUACAUUAUAGUGAUGGAAUGUUUUUUUUUGUUUGUUUGUUUUUGGUCUUGCGUGGGUUUUUUUUAAGUGAAACUUAACUUUUUGUGUGAUAGUAUGAUUAUGCCCAUUUUGAGUGUCUUACUUGUACCGUACCACAUUCCAUACCCUCAUUUAAUUCUUAAUAAACUGUUCACUUGU